AUGAAGUUGAAGCUGUCUGUGGAGUCUCAUCCCUGGUACAUCAAACUUGAGGGCAAGAGAAAAUUCCUGGCGUCGUUCUGGUGGGCGAUUCCUCUAUGGACUGUCGUUUACCUUGUCAUCACAUGCGUCAUGCUGACAUUCCACAUGUCACCCAGUCCCAUAUCCUGCGGCUCCUGGAUCUGGUCUUUGUGGUGCGGAGAUAAUGGAGAGCUUUGCACUUCGACUCUGCCAUGGGGAUGGUCGGAAGGGAGAUGUGCGAGCAACUGUGCGAAGCCCGAUGUCAACCAGGUGUAUGCCUACCGACUCUAUGGCUCCGGACCAUACGCUGGAAACUCGUUCAUCUGUGCGGCAGCAAGACAUGCGGGACUGAUUGGUGCAGAUGGUGGAGGAAUAAGGUUUCGUCUCGACAAAACGCCUGAAGGACUCACGAAAUUCGAUGGAGGGACUCAGAAUGGUGUGGUCGCGCAACCCCUUGGGUACUUCCCUGCAGUCCUGGUGGUGGAGAAGGCGGAGGUCUCGUACCAUCACAGCAUUCGAUGGGUCUUCUUCUCCAUCCAGUUCCUCAUGCUCUCCUUCUUCCUGCUCCUUGAGCCCUGCAACGACUUCUUCUUCUUCAUGGUCUUCCUAGGAGCGUAUACUUACACUCAAUUCGUCACGCUCAGCCUAAAUGCCAGCCCUGAGGCAAUCGUCGUCACGGCAUCCAAGACCAUCUGGACUAGCUUCUUCUUCUUGGGCCUGCCCUAUGUAAUUCUCUUCAGAAAGCAGGACAAGGGACCCUGGGCUAGAGACGCGGUUGUGCUGCGGUGGAUCUGCGUGUUGGCUCCAGUCUUCUUCAUGCAGCACCUGGACGACCUUCUGUCGGUGGUGCCAAACAUCACUCUGGGGAGCACAGAGUGGGGUAACGCUUCCUUCUCGGACGCUGGAGCAGUUGCCCUCCUGGUCAUCGGAUUCCUGGUGCUCUUGGUAUUGCUCAUCAAUGCCAUCUGGUGUUACUUGCGGGCCGAGGAUAUCACAAGGACAGAGAAGGUGUCUGUCGUCUCGUUUUACGCUGCCUUCGGUGUGAUUUUCGGGAUAUGCAUCUCCUACCUCAAGGGCUCCUACGGACCGCACUUCCACCACCUUUACGCCGCCAUCUUGAUAUGGCCGCUGUGCCGCAAACCAACGGCCAUGGUCACCUUCCUCUUCUCCAUCGCUGCUGGAAUGUUCCUGGAGGGAUACUUGUUCUGGGGUCUAGCUCCCUGGUUUGACAACAUAGGCUCAGCUGGAGUACGAACGCCUCUGCCUGACAUCGUCGUGGGCUCACAGAACAUCACCUUCAAGGCCCCUCGCUCGUUUGACGCAGGCUUCCCAUACCUCGCCGUUUACAUCAACGACGUCCAGAGACUAACGAUGCCCGUCCAUCCUAUGGUUCCGGACAGCGCGCUCGAGGUCACGAUCUGGAACCUGACUACUUCGUCAUCCAAUGUUCUUCAGCUUUACUUCAUGGGGCCUGGACGUUUCAGCAUCCCUUCCUAUAGAUACACAUUUGUCACACUGUAA